AUGGCGUCCACGCCUCCUCAAACUUCUAAGAAGGUCCGUAACAAUUCCGGUAGCGGCCAAACCGUCAAAUUCGCAAGACGAACAUCAAGCGGACGAUAUGUAAGUUUAUCUCGAGAUAAUAUAGAAUUAUCGGGGGAGCUAUCUGGAGACUAUUCUAACUAUACGGUGCACAUACCUCCAACGCCAGACAACCAACCAAUGGCCACCAAAGCUGAAGAGCAAUACGUGUCCAAUUCUUUAUUUACUGGUGGUUUCAAUAGUGUGACUCGUGCACAUCUUAUGGACAAGGUCAUCGAUUCAGAUGUCACACAUCCUCAAAUGGCUGGUGCUAAAGGCUCUUCGUGUGCCAUGCCUGCUUGCGACGGAAAAGUCAUGAAAGACGAGAGAGGAAAAGACGUGAUGCCAUGUGAAUGCCGGUUCAAGAUCUGCAGGGAUUGUUUCAUGGACGCCCAGAAAGAGACAGGUCUUUGCCCCGGAUGCAAAGAACAAUACAAAAUCGGGGAUCUAGAGGAUGAUACACCAGAUUUUUCUAGCGGUGCUCUUCCUUUACCAGCCCCGGGAAAAGAUCAACGGGGCAACAACAACAUGUCUAUGAUGAAGAGGAACCAAAAUGGGGAAUUUGAUCACAACAGAUGGUUAUUUGAGACGCAAGGCACAUAUGGAUACGGCAAUGCGUAUUGGCCACAAGAUGAAAUGUAUGGAGAUGAUAUGGAUGAAGGAAUGAGAGGCGGCAUGGUCGAAACAGCUGACAAGCCAUGGCGCCCGCUGAGUAGACGCAUCCCAAUCCCAGCAGCCAUCAUAAGCCCAUACAGAUUAUUAAUCGCUAUUCGUUUUGUCGUACUAUGUUUUUUCCUAACUUGGAGAAUUCGAAACCCCAACGAAGACGCAAUAUGGUUAUGGCUCAUGUCUAUCAUCUGCGAGCUUUGGUUUGGGUUUUCAUGGAUUCUGGACCAAAUCCCUAAACUGUGUCCUAUAAACCGUUCUACUGAUCUAGAAGUUCUUCGUGACAAAUUUGACAUGCCUUCUCCGUCUAACCCCACAGGGAGGUCCGAUCUUCCAGGUAUUGACCUCUUUGUGUCCACGGCAGAUCCAGAAAAGGAGCCACCCCUUGUCACAGCCAACACUAUGCUCUCCAUAUUGGCUGUUGAUUAUCCGGUGGAGAAGGUGUCAUGCUACCUUUCUGACGAUGGAGGAGCCCUUCUUUCCUUUGAAGCUAUGGCUGAGGCUGCCAGCUUUGCGGAUCUAUGGGUGCCCUUUUGUCGCAAACAUAAUAUCGAACCCCGGAAUCCAGAUACAUAUUUUAGUUUGAAGAUAGAUCCCACAAAAAAUAAGAGCAGGAUUGAUUUUGUCAAGGACAGAAGAAAGAUUAAGAGGGAGUAUGAUGAGUUCAAGAUUCGUAUCAACGCUCUCCCUGACUCGAUACGCAGGAGGUCAGACGCAUUUAAUGCGAGGGAAGAAAUGAAGGCCCUAAAGCAGAUGAGGGAGAGCGGAGGUGAUCCAACGGAACCUGUCAAAGUCCUCAAGGCGACGUGGAUGGCUGAUGGCACCCACUGGCCCGGAACAUGGGCAGCCUCUGCUCGAGAGCAUUCCAAAGGUGACCAUGCUGGGAUUCUGCAAGUCAUGCUGAAACCUCCCAGCAGUGAUCCUCUGAUCGGCAACAAUGACGACAAAAUCAUUGAUUUCUCAGACACAGACACUCGAUUACCUAUGUUUGUCUAUGUGUCACGUGAGAAGCGACCUGGCUAUGAUCACAACAAGAAGGCUGGAGCCAUGAACGCACUUGUCCGUGCCUCUGCUAUUCUCUCAAACGGACCUUUCAUCCUUAAUCUUGACUGUGAUCACUACAUCUACAAUUGUAAGGCCAUCCGAGAAGGGAUGUGUUUUAUGAUGGACAGAGGCGGCGAAGAUAUUUGCUACAUUCAGUUUCCACAAAGAUUUGAAGGCAUCGACCCUUCUGAUAGAUAUGCUAACAACAACACUGUCUUUUUCGACGGUAAUAUGCGUGCUCUCGACGGUGUGCAGGGACCGGUUUAUGUUGGAACAGGUACUAUGUUUAGGCGGUUUGCUCUCUACGGGUUUGAUCCACCAAACCCUGACAAGCUUCUUGAGAAAAAGGAAACAGAGACAGAGGCCCUAACCACCAGCGAUUUUGACCCAGACCUUGACGUCACACAACUUCCCAAGCGCUUUGGCAACUCUACACUCCUGGCUGAGUCAAUUCCUAUUGCAGAGUUCCAAGGCCGGCCUUUGGCAGACCACCCUGCUGUCAAGUAUGGUCGUCCACCUGGAGCACUUAGAGUCCCUCGUGACCCACUUGAUGCCACCACCGUGGCAGAGUCUGUUUCCGUGAUCUCUUGCUGGUACGAGGACAAAACAGAGUGGGGAGAUAGAGUGGGAUGGAUUUACGGGUCUGUUACAGAGGACGUGGUGACAGGGUACCGCAUGCACAACCGAGGGUGGCGUUCUGUUUACUGCAUCACCAAACGAGAUUCUUUUCGAGGCUCUGCACCCAUCAAUCUCACAGAUCGGCUUCACCAGGUGCUGCGAUGGGCCACCGGCUCCGUUGAGAUCUUCUUCUCCAGAAACAAUGCCAUUCUCGCCUCCAACCGUCUCAAGUUCCUCCAGCGUCUCGCAUACCUCAAUGUCGGAAUAUAUCCCUUCACCUCUUUGUUUCUCAUCCUCUACUGUUUUCUUCCGGCCUUCUCUCUCUUCUCUGGACAGUUUAUCGUACGGACACUCAGUAUAGAAUUCUUAGUCUACCUCCUCAUAAUCACUAUCUGUUUGAUUGGUUUGGCCGUGUUGGAAGUCAAGUGGUCUGGCAUUGGGCUCGAAGAGUGGUGGAGAAAUGAGCAGUGGUGGCUUAUCUCUGGAACAAGCUCUCACCUUUACGCUGUAGUCCAGGGAAUACUUAAAGUCAUUGCAGGGAUCGAAAUCUCUUUUACCUUGACCUCCAAGUCAGGAGGAGAUGACAAUGAAGACAUAUACGCUGAUUUGUACAUAGUCAAGUGGUCGUCGCUCAUGAUUCCCCCCAUAGUGAUAGCCAUGGUGAACAUUAUAGCCAUCGUGGUGGCCUUCGUCAGAACAAUUUACCAAGCGGUGCCACAGUGGAGCAAGCUAGUUGGAGGAGCUUUCUUCAGCUUUUGGGUCUUGGCACAUUUGUAUCCUUUCGCUAAAGGAUUAAUGGGACGGAGAGGCAAAACUCCAACCAUUGUUUUUGUGUGGGCAGGUCUGAUCGCCAUUACCAUCUCUCUUCUGUGGACGGCCAUUAACCCAAACACUGGUGCUGCUGCUGCCGGUGAAGGCGCCGGAGGUGGUGGUUUUCAGUUCCCUUAG